AUGCGUUCGAGAAGUGAUUCCUGCGUACGUUUGGAUUGCUUGAUGCAUCUUGUCGAACAGACUAUUCUAAAAUAUCAAAAUCCUAUUACCGGCUUAUUCACCAAUAACGUCGAGGAUUCUCCUGAUCAUGCUUGGGUGCGUGAUAAUUUAUAUGCAACACAUGCAAUAUGGGCAAUGUACCGAGCAUAUCAGAAAGGUGCCGACAUAGACGAACAUCUUGCUAAAACAAACGAAUUGGGAUUAACCUGUGUGAAAACUAUGCAAUCAUUGCUGGAAUGUAUGAUGCGUCAAUCGUACAAGGUUGAACAGUUUAAGUUACAUCAGCGCAAAAAUGACGCACUUCAUGCGAAAUAUUCGGCACAAACAAAGAAUACCGUUGUUGGUGAUUACGAAUGGGGACAUUUACAGAUUGAUGCUAUAUCAUUAUUUCUGCUAACGUUAGCCCAAUUAACGGCAUCAGGACUACAAAUUGUUCGAAAUUUUGAUGAAGUUGCCUUUGUACAAAAUCUGGUGUAUUACAUAGAAGCGGGUUAUCGAACACCGGAUUAUGGUGUUUGGGAACGUGGUGAUAAAACUAAUCAAGGAAUACGGGAACUAAAUUCUAGUAGCGUUGGUAUGGUAAAAGCUGCAUUGCAGGCUCUCAACGAUGUUGGCGAUUUGUUUGGAGAUGGCUCAAAAGGAUCUGUCAUUCAUGUAUUACCGGAUCAAAUCCAGCAGUGUUCAGCUUUAUUGACAUCAAUGUUGCCGCGUGAAUCGUUUUCUAAAGAAACUGAUUUGGCGCUUCUGAGUAUCAUUUCAUAUCCGGCAUUUGCGGUGGAAGAGCAAAGUUUGAUUCAGCUUACACGUCAAACAAUCAUUAAUACACUGCUUGGACGUUACGGUUGUCGACGUUUUCUACGUGAUGGUUACAAAACUCCAUUGGAGGAUCCAUCUCGUUUACAUUACAACAAUUCCGAAUUGCAACAAUUUGAAGAUGUAGAAUGUGAGUGGCCGUUAUCAAUUUGUUUUCUUAUGCUGGAUGCUGUUUUUUCCCAUGACGAUGUUAUGGUUGAACAUUAUUGGACAAUUAUGGAAAAUAUUGUUCUCAACAGAAAUGGUUUGCGACUAGUGCCUGAACUUUAUAAAGUACCAUAUGAUAAGGUAGCGGAAGAAAAGCAGCAGCAUGGUAGCCAAGAUAGAGAAGCGUAUGGAGCAAUACCAUUUUUGUGGGCACAAGCAUUGUAUAUAAUAUGUUGUUUACUGUAUGAUGGUUUCUUAACACCAGCUGAACUGGAUCCGCUAAGAAGACGGUUAUCAGCCUAUGAAAAACAUCCUCCUUGCGAAGUUCAAGUGACAAUAUUGGCGGAAACACCUGAAGUACAGCAAGAAUUGUUGGCACAAGGGAUCCGGGUGCAGAAUAUUAGCGAAAUUGAUGAAGUAUUUUGCAUCCAACCUACGUCCAUGUUUGCACGAAUUCUGUCAAGAUUAGGAGAAUCUAGAAAGUUGGGACUUACCGGUCGUCCCUUGGAUCGAGAGAUCGGUGUUCUCAGCACUAGUAAACUUUAUCAAUUGGGACAGAAAUUCGUGAUUUUCACGCCUCAAUUUAUGGAUCCAAAACGUUCAUAUUUGAUGUAUGACAUCCGAAUUCUGAUGAAUGAAUGGAGCUCUGAGCUUCAGUAUAUAUAUAGCAGUUGGAAUAACACUUCAAUGUCUGGUCGACCAUUGAUAGUGCUAAUUGUUGCGAAGAAUAUGCUUGAAGCAGAUAUGACACCAAGUGAUAGUUCCUUCGCUGAUGUUCACAUGAAAGCAUCCGUUAUAGGAACGAUCAAAAAAAUUGCAACCGGUUAUAUAGGUGGCGCACGAGUAGUUAUGAAGAAUAUAUCGGAUUUUUUUCGAACUGCAGCUAUUAGUAAAUUGGAAUUUUGUGGGAACAAUGCAGAUUUGUUUUGCGAGAAGGAAGAACAAGCAAUUUAUCGCAAUCUUCCAUCUUCGGGCAUUGAUAAUUCAAAAUCAAUCGUUCCAUCGCAAAAUACUCGACAAUCAUCGGUAAAAAGCAAUUAUGAGCGCUAUAGUAUUGUGUACAAUACCUCAAUGCGACAUCGCAGUAUCAUGAUUGAUAGCGAUGAUCAAGAUCUUAUCAAAUUGUAUUUACUUUAUGAUAAACAAGAAAAAAGCAAUCUGACCCAAACAAAUGAUAAAUCUCAGGCUCCAUCUUUGAAACGACUUUUAUCACCUGAAAAAUGUAGUCCUGCAGAUGAUUUGAUACGAACGUCAUCGACAGCAUCUCUCAAAAGUAUAUCCAGUGCCGAUUCAGAUAAAAAGUUGCAUACAGCGCAAAUGGAUGAAAUGUCAACAGCAGAUUUGAUUGAUAUGUUAACAGGAACAAAUGUUUUAGAUGAGCAAGCGUCAAUCGUUCAUUAUUUAUGGAUGAAAAAAGGACCCGAUUUUGAUACUGAAUUGAAUAACAUGAAAGGUGCAACCGUUCGAGCACUUAUGGAAGAAAUACAUUUGAAGGCGUGUGAAAGUCGUAAUUGGGCCUUAAUUCGUCUGUCAUUCGGACUGUUGAAGCGUCUACUGGAAGAAUUAUCCAAAUCAGUAACUCAUCUUUUAGUACGUCAGAAACAGAUCACUGUUGGUAUGCCAUCAAAGAAUGAAGAAGCUAUUACAACUCCAAAAACUAAGGAAGAAUUACAUGAAAUUUUUAAACGUGUCUACGGCGAUGAUGCAAAUAGUUAUGCUUUAUCACAGGAAAUUAUUGUUUGUCUUGGUUCAUUGGUGUUAACGGAACCGCGUUUGUUUGUAGAAAUGUUCAGAAUACGUGUGGGACUGAUUAUACAGGUGUUAGCUAGUGAAUUGGCUCGUUUUAGUAGUAUCAGUGGAAUUGAUGCGACACAAAAAUUAUUUCAACUUUCACCAUUUCAAGUGAAAUCAAUGCUAUUAUUGUUGUUAAGCGGUCGGUUGCUGGAAGAUUUUAGUACGGAUGCUGAAUCUGGUAUCAAAGAGCAGCGUAGUGGUAUGGGUUCUAUUAGAAAACAAAUUGAGGAACGGAAGUCACGGAGAUCCAUGCAUGAUAGUAGUAUGGUUGUUGAUGCGAAUGUAUUAGCUCCAACUGAUUCUGAAGAGGAGGCCGAAAGCUUCCAAUUCGGCAUUUGGCUAAGACAUCGUCGAAUUGAUGGAGCUUUGAAUAGAGUUCCACUUGACUUCUAUGCGAUGUUGUGGGAUACUGUGCGACGUUUUCCUUGUGGUUUAUCAAUAAAUCGUAUUGUUCUACAUUGGGGUGUCACACAGGAGAUGACACGUAGAGAAAUCAAAUUUGCGUUGCAGGUUGAGAAAGUGCUAAACCAGAUUGCUGAACCAGAAUAUCGUGAAAUUAUGAUAGAAGCUUUGUCACUUUUAAGCAGAAUGAAUAGCUUGCUGAAAACCGACAAUCCUAAUAUACCUCAUGAUCAGUCGUUUGUAGUAGAUACUGUGGUUCAUAGAGCAAACAAACUGUUUGUUGAACAUAACAAGCAAAUGGAAACAAUAGUAAUGGAAUGUUGUGGCUCGGGAAAGCGUUGUGAUGGUGCCCAAGGAAUGUGUCAGCAUUUCUACGAUUCGGCUCCAGCUGGUGAAUAUGGCACAGCCCAUUAUCUGAUAAAAGCUUUAAUGGAUAUCUUUGUUUCAUAA